AAGAAACAGCAGUCGGCCAUCUUCGUGAGGUCAACCGCUACAAUGCUAAGAUGCCGAGACACUGCUCAGCAGGAGGCUGCAAGUCUCGAGACAACCGGGAGACUCGAAACGCCGGCAUCACCUUCCACAAGUUACCUAAAGGCGCCACCCGGAGGAACCUCUGGAUCAGCAACUCGCACCGCACCGACGCCUGGGACCCUCAGACCGACUUUGUGUACUUCUGCUCCAAACACUUCACGCCUCAGAGCUUCGAGCUGACCGGCUGCAGUGGGAUCCGGAGGCUGAGGGAAGACGCCUUUCCUUCGGUGUUCGAACUCUCCUCUGGGCAGAAAGUGAGGAGAGCUGCCGGCCUGAAGACACACGAGGACUCAGCUGGCAGGAGGAAGAGUUCCUGCUCAGCACAGUCAGAGACGAGGCAGGACGCCGCCGCAGAAGAGGACUUAGCUCAGAGGACAGACCCGGCUCGGAGGACAGACCCGGCUCGGAGGACAGACCCGGCUCGGAGGACAGACCCGGCUCAGAGGACAGACCCGGCUCGGAGGACAGACCCGGCUCGGAGGACAGACCCGGCUCGGAGGACAGACCCGGCUCGGAGGACAGCCCCAGCAGCUGAGACCUCCAUCUUCCAUUCUGAGGACGCUCCAGAGGUGGAGCCGGCCCCGUCCACCCCGGAGCCUCGUCCCCUGUCCCCGUCGCGCUACAUGAGACGUCUGCCCCCCCCGGUGGGCUUCUACCUGUCCCGGGAGCACAGCUACGCCCAGCCGGGCCCCCUGCUGUGGAGGAGACGCUACGACCAGGUGGUGGACUGCCUGGAGACGGCCCUGAGACAGCUCCGGGCCGCCCGGCGGCGCGAGGCCCGGCUGAGGGCCGCCGUGCUCCGGCUCCGGGACCGACGCACCCGGACCCCGCGGGACCCCGACCCCCGGGAGACACUGGACUGUCAGUGGCCCGAGGAGGACAGGGGCUCCUGUCCUCACUGUGGACGGGGACAGACGGACGGCGGGACGGAGCCUCCGGCUGAGGCUGAAGACCAGCUGCAACACGGAGACUCCGGACUCACAUCCUGGUCCUCAGGCGAGGGACCGCAGUCCUGGUCCUCAGCCGAGGGACCCCGGUCCUGGUCCUCAGCCGAGGGACCCCGGUCCUGGUCCUCAGCCGAGGGACCGGUGACGGUCAGGGAGCUCCGCCUGGACUCGGGUGUGCAGGAGGAGGCCGGAGCUCCCGGUCUGGACCGUCCCCUGCAGCAGCAGGUGCUGCUGAUGGAGGACGGCUCGGAGGGACAGCUGGUCCUGGUCCCCGUCCACAGCCCGGACGGCCUGCAGGACCUCCAGACCAUCCUGGUGUCGGAGCUGGACCUUCAGGGGGACGGAGGACACCCGGCGGAGGACGGACAGGAGCCGUGUGACGAGGACAGUCUCACCACGGACCCGUCAGGACCGGCGAGGGAGGACGUGAGGGACAGACUGAAGGAACAUCUGGAGGGCUUCCAGCUGCAGCUCAGCACCCAGUUCACACACUGAACACACACACACACACACACACACACACUCUUACAUGUCCAUAUUAUAAAUGGGAUCGUCUCUCCCCAGGUUUCUGAGACGUCUUCACAUCUUGGUGUCCUUGUCCUUUCAUGGACCAGUUUUCCUGAAUGAAGCGAGUCUGAAGACGUGUUGUGUGUUUUCCUUGGAGACGUGUCCAGGCCGCCCUGCUGCUGCCACACCCAGCCAAUAAAGUAAUUCACAGUUUGAUGUCCUCCUGUGUUUGUGGACUCUGGCUGGUUUCGUUUGGGACGCGUCCGGCGGGAUUCGGCAGCAGAGCCGAGGACGCUCCGGUCCGAACUCCAGACGUUUCUCUGUGGAUUUCCGGGUUGACUUCGCGAUCAGCCGCUGCGUCGGCAGCAGGCGCCGCCUGCACGUUGACGGCGCCACAGACACCGGAGGCGGCCAUCUUGGAGGGGUGGACCUCGCUUACACAGCACAUUGAGGAAUGACAGGUUUCACUACAGUAGUGAUCAUAAAUCCAUCAGUUUUCAACCAAUAUUCCAGUUUAUUAUACAUAUAAAACAUGGAGGACACACAGACAUAAACAGAAUGAAAUGAACUCUUAAACUUUCAGGAUGAUUGAAGUUUUUAUUGAGAGAAUUGGUUUAAGGAUGGUAUAUUGUAGCUACUUGAUUGGUACUGAUAUGAUUGUGUGAUUCUGAUCUUUAUAUUGCAUUGUUAAAUCUAUGUUUAUCCCCAUUAUAAUCAAUAUUGCUUUAUAUUUUAAUUUUGUCAUCACUUAUUAUUGCUGUGGUCAUUUAUUAUUAUAUUCCAUUCUAUUCUAUUAAUUUUGAUUCAUACUGAGUUUCAACAUGAUAAAUCCCACAAGCAGGAAAGUCUCGGACGCAACAUCUGUCUCAUUGACCUGUUAGUCACUGAGCCCUGUUUUUGAGGCAC